AUGGUCAUCCCGGGAACAGGUGAGAUGCAUGUCUUCACCAUCGGCGACUGGGGUGGAUUGCUGUGGGAGCAGUUCGGCGGAGGGACUGGUCUCCACGUCUACCCCUUCAUCAGGUCCGCCUGUGGGAUUUUGGACAUGAAGAACUGUUUCAAUGAGACGGGUGAUUCGGCACCCGACUCCUGCAAGCAGACCUGUGGUUACGUGGCGGGUGUGGACGAUCACGCGCAGGUGGUCGUCGCUGAGCAGAUGAAGAAGCGGGCUGAGAAGAGCGGCGUUCAGUACAUCUUGAACGUGGGUGACAACUUCUACCCGCAGGGCAUGAACACGGGCUGCGGAAACCCCAUGAACCAGAUCAAAGAGGCCACCAAGGUCCAAUUCGAGAAG